AUGCUGGAAUCCUUGGACACUUCUGGAGGAAUCACUCGAUAUCUUCGAUCAAAAGAUACCCCAUUAAGUGAGAUCAUCUUAACUGCAAACAAGUUAUAUUCUGGUGAUUUAAAUACUUAUUUACCGAAUAAGAUUCACUUCUUAUAUGAUCUUUUAUGUGAUAGACUUAAUGAUAACAGCAAUAAAACAUUCAAGGUUUGGAAAACAAAACCUCAAGUAUGGACUCUUCUUGACAAAGUUUGGAAUGCUUUAAUCAAAGAUGAAAAUGUUUCAAAAAACAUUGUUUCUAGAAAGCUUAAAUUAGUUGAUUCAGUCAUAAAUAUGUUCAAGUUGAUAAGUGAGUAUUCCGAAGAUACUGUUUCUCUUUUAAAAGCUUGCUUUACCGCUCUUGACACUUUUACGAAGGAUACUUACAUUGAAAUUGAUGAAAAUCAAUCGAUUCUUUUAUUAACUGCAUACCUUAAUAUCUUAAAUAGGCUCAUUGAGUCUAAGAUUAUACCAAAUGAUUUAAUAAACCAGCUCACCUCGUCCGUCAAUGUAUUAUUCCAACUCCCCCGUGUCCAAGUCACUUAUAAAGCAAAUAAGAAGAAUGUUUCAAAAUUCAUUAAUGAAUGUCUUCCUUUAGCUUUGAAUUUUUUGAACUGUGUCUUCAAUAUUGAAAGUGUUGAACAUUCGAAAAACCUCAUUGAAAAUAUCAUCAAACAAACCAUUUUUGAUGAAGAAAUCCGUAAUACUUUGACAUCAAAUAUUGAAUCUGCGGUAUCAUCUCGCUCAAAAGAUUUUUCAGAGGAUUCGAUUGAACUUCUUUUCUCCAUUUUAAUAAAAGAAGUGUCUUCCAAAGAUAUGAAACUAUGUGAAGAUGUUUUCACCUCUAUAGUAAAGUCAAAAAAAUUCAAUAAAAUGUCCGAAAACUUGUUAAAAAUCUUAUCGAAAGUUAAUAGGGCAUUAUCACAUAGCUUUUUCGACUCUAUCUACAAAUCUGAAAUAACUCUCCAACCAAUCAAUUGGAAAUUGAUAUCAUACAUAAUUGAAUUGGAUGCUGAACUUGCUUUAGAAAACUACAGUGAAAUUUUUGAAAAAAUAAAAUCGAACAAAAAUAAAGACUUGACCUUUUUAAUUGGUGAAAACUUAUCAGAGGCAUUUUUAAAAUCAAGAGAAUUUAGUCAAUUUUUCAAGAAUGUUUGGCCAGAAGCUAUUAAAACCAAUCAAAUAUGGAAAUCAUCUCGUUACAUCGACAUAGUUUCGAAAAAAAUCAAUGAUUUUUCUUCAAAUCAAUUAAAGACCAUAGCUACCCUGUUUCUCGAAACAAAUGAUCAAAUGUAUGUGCCUUUGAUCAUUUCUAUCAUCAAAGGUCUAUUAUCAUCAUCGCAAUCAAAAGUCGAUCAACUCAGAGAAACUUUAAUAGACAGUAAAAUGCUCUUCCAUGGUAAAUCUUCUGAAUUGUGGGAGGCAAGAUAUUACUUAUUAUGCUUAUAUGGGGACCUUGUUUUAAAACCCAAAUCAAAAGAAUUCGAUGAGUUAUUAAGCCAACCUUCUAAGUCUAUAUUCUUCUAUUACAGUUUGCUAAGAGUAAUUGAACUUCAAGGUGACGAUAAGAACCAGAAGUCUUAUAAGGAUAAAUUUGUCUCUUUUUUACAAUCUUAUAAGUCAGAUGAUUUCCCUACAUUGUUCAACGUUAUCUUGAAAAGAUGGAUGGUGAUGUUCAAUAAUUUCUUCGAUAAUGACCAAAUUGAGAGUAUCUUAGACAUACUAUUGUCAAAGUUAGAUUGGGAAAAAGUGUUACUUCCUUAUUUCAAAUUUGAAGCUGAUGUUUUUUUCGAACAGCCUAACGUAACUAAUGCUUUAAUUUCUUAUGGUCACAAGAAAAUGAAAUCUAAUGAUAAGCACAUCAACAAGAUUUUAGAACUUACCUCGAUUAUUCCAGUUCAAUGCUUCGACAGAAAAAUGAAAAAGGCAUUAGUGGAAGUAAUUACAGAACACUACCUCUCUUCUUCAAAAGAAGACAUAAACCUUUCAUCAAGACAAGCUAUUCGAAAUAUACUUUCCAUUCAAUCCAGUACAUCCUCUAUUGAACUCAAUUUUGAAAAACUAAUUGAAAUUUUCGCAACUUCUUCACCAGAAUCUAAGGAAGUCACUACAGAGAUUGUGAAGCUCAUUUGGUUAAAUCAUUUGAAUCAAAUAAACUCAUUCGAUCAUGAAAAAUAUUUAUUUUCCUCGAUAGAUUUACUCUUGGUGAACUUUUCAUCAAAGACUACUCCUAAAGUCAUAACUCCAGAGCUUGAAGUGGCUCGUUGUAUUCUUUCAAGCUCAAGUGAAGUCAAACACGAACGUUUCGAGAAUUUAUUGAGCCAAUUGAUUGGUAGGUUCACUGCGUCAAUUGCUUCUAUUUUGAAAAAGUCAACAAAGCUGGUGGAUCAAAACUUAAACAUGAUUCAUUGGUGUCUUUCUUCCCUUUAUACCAUUUUAUCGUCCAAGGAAGAGGUAUCUACCGAAAUUCCAACUUUAAUAAAAGAAAUCGGAAAUGGUUUGUCUUCUUCGAAGGAUUCGCUGAUAAAAGCCGGCUUAUUCAAAUUACUUUCAAAAAUUUCUGUUCCAUCCUUCAAAAGGAGUGUUUUCAUUACUACUUUAUAUAUCUCUCUAUACAACGAAUUGAAAGAUGAAAGAUUGAUCAAACCAUUAUCUGAGUUUUACAGCAGAAUCUCUCAGGACAAUGAAGUCUUUGAAGAAGUUUUCAAGCAAGUAUUACUAACUGCAAAAGUUGAUAUGGAUUUAGAAAAUAGUGGUGCUCUCACACAAAUUUUGAGUAUUUUAAUAACUAAACUCUCGAAGAAGCAUCAACAAUCUCAUUCGAACUUAUUCAUCUAUACCUUAUCCAUCAUUUCUAGCAACUUUGAGGUGAUCUUAGGCACAGAUAUUAAGGCUGCAAUGUUUUUCUUGAAGUCCAUGAAAAAUACCUUGAGUGAUCUGAUUUGGCUAUUCAAUCAAUACGGAAUAGAACUUGCAUUAUCCUGUAUUAACAAUGUUUCCUCGCUGAUGAAUACUGUUGAUUCAUCUGCAAUCAUUGAUAUGUAUAUAUUACUCACUCAGGUUUUAUCUCACAUUUUGUUAUUCCAUAGAUUCCGUCUUACCUCACGUCACCAUAUCCUUACUAGAGUCUUUACUAAUUUAUUGGAAGUGUUAUCUUUGAAAUAUUAUAAAGUUAACAGAAAAACUAAUUUGUGCCUUUCGUUGCUGGCUGCAUCAGCAUUCUCCCGUGUUCUUGUUAAUUUGAACGAGCCUUCAUCAGUUGUGGGCUUGAAAGAAGCUGCAGAGAAUUCUUUGAGUUCAGCUUCUGCUAUAAUCAAAAAGAAUUUGAGACUGCAUGUUCAUAUUAUACUAGUCAAUUACAUUUACCUCCAGUUGAAUUUCAAUUUUGAAAGUAAGGUCAACAUCGAGGUUUUAAAUGGUAUAUAUAGUGUUUUUGAUGUCCUAUCAAGAAAAGAAUUACAUAUCGCAAAUCUUUCUUUAGACACCGCUGGCAGAUCUUACUACAGAACCUUAUAUGGUAACUAUAAGGAGCAUGGUAAGUGGAAAGAUGAAUGA